CAAUAAUGAGACCGUUGAUUAUUCAGCAACUCCACGACAUGUAAACAAAGAGUGUCAUCGAGUCGGACGAGUCACCAUCAUGAUCUUGGCCAACUAGUCGCGCCGCAAAAGUGACCCGUUGGUUCGCAUCAGUGUUGGCUGUGCCGGGGUCCUUCUCAAAUUAGCCCCGCAGCACAAUCUCGUGUCUCUUCUCCCCAGCCUGGCUUCACCAUUCAGUCGAGAUAAAGCACGAUCAGGCCGUCCAAAACCUCAGCCGAAGAUGAACAGCCCCACCAUCACUCCUGGCGACCACAAAGGCUUCAUGUUGCACGCACUGGCGAAAGCCCGCCUCUCCCCUCCGGCACCGACCAAAUUCUGCGUCGGAGCCUGCCUGGUCGACGGCGACACCGGCGAGGUCCUGUCCACGGGAUACUCUGAAGAGCUGCCUCGAGACAGACCCGGUGAUCCAGGGUCGACACACGCGGAGCACUGCUGCUUCGUCAAGAUUGCAGAGAAGCACAAGGUCCCCGAGGACAGCAUAGGGGAUUUCUUGCCGCCAAACACGGUUUUAUAUACGACAAUGGAGCCUUGUAACAGCCGUCUAAGCGGGAACAGACCCUGUGUUGAGAGGAUUCUGCGACUAAAGGGGGCUAUCAAGACUGUGUUUGUUGGGAUCAGGGAGCCGGACACGUUUAUUCCUGGGAAUUCGGGCCGGGAAAAGCUCGAGGCUGCUGGCAUCAACAUGGCAUUUUUGGAGGGCUUGGAGGAUACGAUCAUGGAGGUCACUAUGGCAGGGCAUGAGUAGAGAAAGUCGUCGAUAUCUGGGCUAUGAUCUUGGAGAUUCGAAAUGAAAGAAACAUGGACCCAGGUACCUCUAUGUACAGUGACUAGACCUUAUCAAUACUAGUCUGCCGAGCAG